CUGUUUCCCGGCCACUUGCUCCCUCUCCCCCUCUGGACCACACUUCCCCUCUCUCUGCCCAUCCACGGACCACGGUUGUCCAGUGAUGUUGAGCAUGGAGGGCUUGCUGGGGGCACGUGCUCUGGAGAAAGAGUCCCUCCAGAUGUGGGACCUCAACAAGCGCCUGGAAGCCUACCUAGCCCGGGUGAAGUUCCUGGAAGAGGAAAACGAGGUGCUGAGAGCGGAGAUCCAGAGAGCUAAGAGCAGCCCGGCUGAGAGGUCCUGGAGGAGCAGGUACGAGGAAGAGCUGAGAGCGCUGAGGGCUACCUUGGAUGAUGCCUUCAAGGAGAAGUGCCGGGCGGAGCUGGCCCGGGACAACCUGUACGAGGAGGUGGAGCAGGUGAGGAGCAGGUGCGAGAGGGAACGGGCCGCCCGGGAUGAAGCCAAGAGGCAACUGGGGCUGAGCAAGAAGGAGCUGGAAGAGGAGAGGAGAGCCCAGAUCUGGCUGAAGGAGAGGGCUGCCCAACUGGAGAAGGAAGUGGAGGCACUGAUGGAGAUACAUGAGGAGGACAGAGCCCAGCUGGACCAGGAGGUUGCCCGCUUCUCCUGCAGCCUGGAGAGCUUCCGGGCUCCAUCGGCUGCCUUCCAGCCCCUGGAGGUCGAAGACUACUCCAAGAGGCUGGCCGAGAUCUGGAAAGGAGCCGUGGAGACCUACAAGAGUGAGGUGGCCCAGCUGGAGAGCACCCUGGGCCAAGCCAAGGAGAACCUGUGGCAGGCAGUGGAGGGCAACCGGCAGAACCAGCUGCAGCUGCAGCAGCUGGAGAAGGACCUGGCCGGGCUCAAGGCGAGGAAGGAGAUGCUGGAGGAGAACCUCUCCCAGCAGUGGCAGGAGCAGAGGGGGGAGGCGGAGAAGUUUCAGUUGGCCAUCGAGGCCCUGGAGCAGGAGAAGCAAGUGCUGCGGGUCCAGAUCGCCCAGGUCCUGGAGGACAGGCAGCAGCUCAUGCACCUCAAGAUGUCCCUCAGCCUGGAGGUGGCCACGUACAGAACACUGCUGGAAGCAGAGAGCACCAGGCUGCAGCUGCCAGCAGGGGAGUUCAAGCUGGCCAACAGCUUGCGAGAGGCCAAGCUGGAAAUGAGUAGCAGCAAGCUCCAAGCCAUGACCCCGGAGCCCAGAAAGCUGCUGCCCUGGGACCACCGGCUGAGCCCCAUGGUCUUCCAGAAGACGGAGAGCAAGAUGCAUCUCUUGAGGACCCCGACCGAGUCCCCCAGGCUGCAGACGGCUGCGCUGCCCCAGAGCCGGCGCCCCAUCACCAGGGAGCUCCCGAAAGCCAUCGCCGGCUUCCAGUUCUCACCCCGGCAAAGUGUUGACACCACAGGUCCCAGCAAUGCAGCCUCCAGUCCUGUGGGUGCAUCUCAGGGGCUCGCAGCCACAGAGGUCAAGACAGUGGCUCGUUCUUUCUCCCGAGAGUCGCCAGAGCUGCUGAACUCUCUGUGCUCUGCAAUGCCGGAGCCUCUGGGACAACCCCCUUCGGGCCUGGAGGGAGACAGAGAAGCGGAGCUGGGUGCCCAAAAGGAAGCUGGUGAGAUGGGCAAGGAGGACGAGGAGGCUAUGAGGGAGGAAGGACGGGACGCCAGUGAAGAGCCUCCUGGGAAGCCGGUCCCCCGAGAUCUGCUGUACCCCGACCUGCUGGUCACUGAGGCCUUGGAAGAUGCUUUGAGGGAAGUCAAGCAGGAUGCAAAUGCCGCCGAGGGGUCCAGCCCUCUCUGCACCGAUUGGGCUCCCCUGGAAGAGGUGCAUGGACUAGCAGCUCCUCCAGCUGCAGAAGAGCUAGAUGGAGAAAUAAUGUGUGAGCUUGAAGGUCUGACGGACCCUGGCCAGCCCUUAGAGGCCGUCAGUGGGACCUCAAGGGAGGUCGACGGCGACCUACAACCCCAGCCUGAAGACAGCAUGGGAGAGCCUGGUACGCAAAAGGAGAGUGGACAGCUCUGGAGCCCAUCCAGGGAGACAGAGGACUAUAGUUCCCAUGCAGAAGUGCAGGACAGCGAGGCAGAAAUCUGCAUGGCGCAGGCUUUCUCCAUGCAAAGCCUCCCAGCUGCCCCCCAAGAACCGCCUCUGAGAGGGGACGAGGAGGAGGAUUGGGAGCAGGGGGUGCAGAGCCCCAUUCAGCAGGACAAAGAGGUCCCCUGGGAAAUGCGGGGUCCUUCCCCCAGGCAGGAUGAAGAACAGCCAUCUGCCCAGACCCGGGAGGAUGCCAGCUUCUGGGAGCAGGAUGAGAGCAAAGAGGAAGAGAAGCCCCCAUUGCAGAGCCCAGAGGAGCAUGGGGAAGCAGAGGCCAUUUGCAGGAGUGCAGAGCCAUUAGGAAAUGAUGUGGUAGUUUUAACAGAGCCCACGAGGGAGAGCUGGGAAGUGGGAGCACAUGGCCACAGCACCCAGGCAGGAAGCUCGGAGGAGUUUGACCGAGGGGAGGAAGACUUGGAGGUCAUGAGCACAGAAGCCUUGCAUCUGUCGGAGGACGAGGAGAGACGGGAGCACUGGAGCCCGUCCAGGGAGAUUGAAGAAUACAGUUUCCAGGCAGGAGCACAGGAAAGCGACUUUUUCCAAGCAGACAUUCAAGCAACGCAGGCUUUCUCUAUGCAGAGUUGCCCAGCUUUGCCUGCGGAGAACCUCGCAGAACAGCUCCAGACCCCAGAGGUGGAGGGAAAGCGACUCCAGAAGGCAGAGAUGGUGUUGGAAGAAGAGGGGAAGGUGGAGAUGGUGACAGAAGCCCAGGACUUUGGUAUCUUGGGAAAUGAGGUUUCAUUCGGGGCUGAAGAAGCAGAGACCCCAGAUGCAGCCAGAGAGGGAGGUGAUGAGCACAAGGAAAAGCUGGAAGGGGAAGCAUUGGGAAGUGAGAUUCUCUGCAUGGGACACGAAGGCCUAAGGCAGGAGGAAGGCAGCUUGGAGGAGACUGGGGACCUGCAAGAAGGCAGCUCUGGGCAAGACACAGGGCCAGGGGAGGAGGUUCUGAAGAUACCCCAGAGACAGGAGUCCUGGGGCAGGGAGGGGGAUGUGGAAGAGGAUUACCACAGGUCCUCUCCCUUGGAGCGGGGAGAGGAGGUAGCAGAGGGAUAUUCUGAGGAUGGGGAAGGAGCUGAAGUCUUGGCACGGGCAGGCCACACCAUGACCAGCAUGGGGGCAGCCGACAGCAGAGAGGAGCAGACCCAAGACAGUCCGGACUCAGAGGUGCAAGAAAGGAGAGAGGAAGAAGAUGCCGACAUAGGUCAUGGGGCUGGCCAAGAGCCCCCAACACAAGACAGCAGAGCAGAGCAGGCUGGCCCCAGCACAGAGCUGAUGGGCGAAACCCAGCAUAGCCCAGAGAGACCAAGCGAGGACAUUCAAAGCCCACCCACCCUGCCGCCUGUAGACUCCCCCCACCAGGAAAUCCUUGAGGGGCCAGAAAAGGCUUGGGAAGGCUUGCAGCCCUCCCCUGAAACGCAGGGGAAGGUUGCAACCGAGGGAGAACAUAACGAGUACGAAGAGCCAGACAACCUGGAUGUGACCUCCAAGAUGCACCCGCUGGGGCAAGGGGACUUCUCAGAGUCAGAGGACUCCCUGGCAUCCCAGGAGGAUUUGGACCUGAAAGCAGAAGGCGCAGAUGAGGAGCUGGACAGAAGCACGAGGAUCCGGCUGGAGGAGACGCUGCCGGACAGCACGCCUCUGCAUGUCUAUGAAGGGGAGAUGCUGGCCCAGAGCAUGUCCAGCCAGGAGCCUCCAGCAGCUGAAGGCAUGGCAGACCCAGCCCCAUCGUCCUUAGUUUCCCUCGAGGGUGCAGGGCAGGUGGAGACCGUGGCCGAGCCAACGGGCUCCCAAGACAGUGGGAGCAGUGAGGAGCACACAGCUGGGACGGGGCCUCUGGAGAGCACCGAAGAAGAAGGGUACUUCAUGGUUUCGGCUGCCCCACAUGAGACACCCAGCUGGGAGGAAGUCGAGGGCUCAGAGGACUUUGAGGAAAUCCAAGCAGAAGCUGCAGGCGCCCUCGGAGUUGAUCUGAGUUUGGGCACUGCACAGCCCGGGAUGCAGGAGGAUAUGGGGCACUGUGGGGAGUCCACGGAUGAACCCGCUGAGGGUUUGGGAGCAGACACAGCCCAGGCUGAAACCUCUAAGGAUGAGGGCGACUGGGGGGUGCACGAUGAGGAGCUAAGCACGGCCACAGUGCCAGAGGACCAGGCACCCCUUGAGGAGCCGACGGCGGGAUCAGAGGGACUGGCUGCCAAGCUCGGUGCAGGGCAAGACGGUGAGGCAGGGGAGCUGCCCCAGGAAGACAGCAAACCCUGUCCCUCUGAUAUGGCCCCGGAGCCAGAGGAGAGCGGCGUUUCUCCAGAAAAUGUGGUGCCGGAUGGGGCUCAAACCCCCAAGGCCAUCAGCCCUGGCACUGGGGAUGCUCCCAAGGUCUCUCCACUGACCACUGUGGCUGACCUGGGAGAGAUUGUGCUGGAAGGGCAAGCGCUGGCUAGCCAGACAGCAGUGGAUGGGUCUCUUCCCUCCAAGGAUGUGCAAGCACUGGACAUCACCCUGGCCCCUCCAGAUGGUCCUGAGGCCAGCAGCCAAGGGGACAACUCUGGGCAGUGCAAGGAAGAUGCAGAGAAGAGCCAGGAGGUGCUGGUGCUCUCCCCGGACACUGCGGAAAUGCUCCCAGCCAGUGUCAUGAAGGACUCAGACAUCCUAGAGCUCGUGGAGCAGGCGCUGGAGUUCAACCAAGAGCUGAUGUUGGGCGCGAGACUCCCAGAGCUCCCCGAUGACGCCAGACAGCCAGCUCUGGGCACAGGCGAGGCGUCAGAGCCAGCCUCGGAGGCCAGGAGUGAUGGCAGUGACUCCUCAUCUAGCACGAACGAGUUGAGGGCUGUGCAUGAAGCCCUGGAGGACUCCUCGCCUGGCACCAAGGGACUCGUGACAUCAGGUCUCAUCUGGGCUGAGAACCACGCCACCGCAGACCUGAACGGGGUGCACCACAAUGCCCGGCUGGCGGAGCUGGCUGAGUUCACGGAGGAGAUCCUGAAUGGCAUCUCCGACCUGCAGGUGCCUGAUGGACACAAUGGGUGUGAGGAGAUCGCCAUCCCCCCUGCACUCCAUGGGCAGGACACUGACACCUUCCCCGUCUACCAGAGCUCCCUGCCACGGAGCGACGAGGGGGCACACCAGGAUGGGGACACCCCCCUGGAGAAAGCCCCCAUGCCCCUGGACCCCGACAGCUGCAAAUUGGCUGACAUCCUGCAGUGCGGGAAGACCCUUGAGGCCCAGCCCAUCUCUGUCCCGUCGGCCUUCGGAGAUGAAAUCCUGCACCUGAGCCCCGGGCAGCCUCUGCAGCACCAGCCCAAAGACACCCAGGGAUCGUGGUCUUCAGAGGAUGACUGAACAGGACAGGGAGCCCGGACUGCGCAUGCACCCAAGCUGUGACAAGUGAAAACCAUGUAUUUAUGGGGCUGGGGGGUUACAUUUCCCCUCCUCCCCUCUCACCACUGGCCCCCUUGCCAACUUAAAACAGGCACCGGUCUAUUGACAAUCGGCAGCCUCCCCUAGAGCAUUUACUGCCGUAACUCUGCCCAUUGGGGGUUUAUCAUUAUUAUUAUUAUUAUUAUUAUUAUUGAUUGUUUUUUAACACGUUUGUUUGGAUUA